AUGAACUCAUUGUCCCCCAUAAACACUUCGGGCGGCAUGUCGGCGGCGUCCUCACACGGCGGCAGUGUCUCGCCUCGUCAGGCGCCGAGCCCCAAGAACGUCGCAUUUGAGCUGCUGUUCCUCGAAUCGCCUCAAUACCGCGCGCGCCUGCCCAUGCGAGUCCAGAUCUACCCCCAUGACACCACAGACUCCAUUGUCACAACCGUCAAGAACUUUUACGGCUUGUACUCGGGCCCGCCCGGCUCAAAAGGCGUCAGCUUUGAGGACGAGCUCGGCAACACUCUGAUUGCGCGAUAUGAAAAUUUCCGCAACAACAUGGUUGUCUACGUCCGAGUCAUCGAAGAGGCUCCCGGGGCUGCCCUGGAGUCGCAUCGCUAUCGCGGCCUUCACAUGGGCGCCGACUCCUACUACGGCGGCGGCGAUGCCUACGCCCUGCCCCAGCGCUUCGGCCCUGACAUGGCCCGCUCCAAUUCGACAUCACCACGCCGCCGCAGUCCUUCGCCCAAUGUGUCGCGGGGACGCAGAAGCGACUCGACCAGCUCCAAUGGCAAGAAGGGUCGCUCUCGCUCUACCAAGAGCCGAGCGCUCCAAGGCCACGCCGAUGCAUACGCCGAAAGCAUCAACGGCUACAGCAGCGGCGAUGGCGCCCCGAGCACCACGUCUGCCCGCGCCAAGGAGCAGCUCGGAACCACCGACAUCAGCGUCGAGAACAUUGUGGAGGGCGGUCGACGAAAGAGGGCCAAGUUUGAGAGCUCUGAACUGCCACUCUUCGCACCGCCUCAGAUGCCGGCCGCCACUUCAAAUCCAUCCGUAUCUCCCGCCAGACGUAUUGAGCAUCAUCACCGACAUUCCCUCUCGUACGUCCAGACCGGCCAGAACCCUUUUGUACACCCCCGACCGCUGCACUCGCCGCAGAGCUAUGGUAGUGCGCACGGCCAGAUGGGCCUGUACUCGACCCCUGUCUCCAGCGACCGCCGCGGUCGGGGCAGCAUCUCGUACGGCAGCCAUAGCAUGGCCCAUGGCAUGGGCAUCCUCCCAACUCCCGACCCCACCGUCGGGAGCUGCAUGUCGGAGGAAGACAAGGAUGUCGCCAUUCAGCUCAUGCGGCUGGGCGAGAUGUCCAACAUUUCUCACGGCCGCACAUCCGCGUCGACUUUGGAGGACGCAUUCAGCGGUAGAGCCGACGCCGCGUCGUCCACUGGCGCAACUAGCGACAGCGACAGUGACAGCGAUGCCGGGCUCCCGCCGCCCCGUCGCCAAAAGCUGGACCUGACGGGCGCGUCCAAGCAGGUCUACCAGACCACCGAGUCGCACUUCAUGCCGCCCAUUGACGGCGCCGAGGCCAGCGGCGACGAUGCCGACUAUGAGGAUGGCCCUGACGUCCGAGCCAAGCCGGCCCAGAGCAAGUCGUCCAAGAGCAAGUCGGCCCCUAUGGCCGCGCCCAAGCCGGCCGCCUCCAAGACCAAGGCUCCCCGCGUUGCCAACGGCAGCAAGACCAAGAAGCCGCCAAUUGUGCCCAACGGCCCCAUCUCCCCGGCGGCCUCGACCACCCACUCUAGGAAGCAGUCGGUGGCGUCCGUCGGACACAUGUCCCAAACUGGCGAGGACGAGCAGCCUGAUCUGUCGACCAAGCCGCGCUGCCAGCGCUGCCGGAAGAGCAAGAAGGGCUGCGAUCGCCAGCGACCCUGCGGACGCUGCCGCGACGCCGGCCUCUCCGCCGACCAGUGCAUCAGCGAGGACGAGGGCAACGGCCGAAAGGGCCGCUACGGCCGCCACAUGGGAGUGCCUCUGAAGAAGGAAGACAUGGCCAUCGCAUCCCAGCCUGCGCUUUUGCCCGCGGCUCCCAUCGCUGCCAACACAAUGACCGCCGACAAGGCCAAGAAGCGCAAGCGGUAGAGAACGAACUCCCACCCGGUUCGUUUUCCUGCGCGCUACGGUCUGUAUGAUGUGUGUCAUUUAGGAAGCCAGGAGGAAGGAGGGCUUCUCCUCUCUCACUCUUUCUUGGUCGCGGGCAAUUGUGUAUCGGGGUCGUUUGGCUGUUUGUUUCCGUCCCUUCAGUAUCUGUCUUCAUGGCCUUGUCCGGCAACCCCUGGAUUUGAGGCCGGGAGACAGGUCUACAAGGUUGACGACUGCAGCCCUCCUCGAGGUGGUUUGGCUUUUCUAUCC